AUGUUACGUGUAUUCGUGAUUUCAUUCCUUUAUACAGUUUCCGCAAAAGUUUUCAUAAAAGGUCCCUGUCCUAGCGUGAAAGCCGUAGACAACUUCAAUAUUACUGCGUACGCUUCUGGCAAGUGGUUUGAGCUUGCUCGGUACCCCAAUGACUGGGAGAAUCGAGGCAACUGCGUCUCAAAGGUUUUCACGCCAGAGGGAACCACUUACAAAUUUAGGCUAACCGACGUAGUGGAUCACUCUCAGACUUAUUACGAAGGACGAAUCGAAAUGGUCCCUGAUGCUAAGAACACCGGUCUACUGAAUUAUAUAUCAAACGCUUACAAAGGUUCAGAAGGUGAAAAUAUAGUCCCUGUGUAUAUCCUGGAUAUCGACUAUGACAACUACAGCAUUGGCUAUGAAUGCAAGUAUGACCCAGCUCAGGAUAUGCGUCACGACUUCGCGUGGGUCAUGUCCAGAUCAAAAUUUCUACAGGGCAAGGCAAAAGAAAAAGUGGAGAGCUUCCUGAAAUCUUCGAAGCUCAUCGAUUCCAGUAAAUUAAUCUGGAUUCAGUUCAGUGACGCCGCCUGUAAAUAAUCUACAUUCAGGAUCAAUUUUUUUGUUUCUCAUAAAAACG